AUGGCUUGCUUGUCUGCUAUUGUUUAUAAUAUCUGGAUGGCUAGAAACUAUGCCUUUUGGUUUAAAGCUGUUUUAAGGCCAGAUUUGCUCUCAAAAGGUGUUAAGAAAGAAGUGAUAAUUAGAUGCCAGCAAAUGAUCAAUCAUACUUGGAAGAUUGAAGACUGUCUAGGUUUCCCUGAGCCCUUCCUAGAAGGUACCAGGGAUCUCUUUGACUUGGUUUUGAUGUUGAAAGAAAUAAAUUCAACAUCUGUCACGCUGGUUCCUAAAACAAAGUCUCCUACAAGUGUGACUGAAUUCAAGCCUAUUGCUUGCUUUAAUGUCCUUUACAAAUGCAUCUCCAAAGUUCUUUGUGAUAGACUGAAGCAAAUGCUGCCUUUUCUUAUUGCUGAAAACCAAAGUGCCUUUGUGCAUAGUAGAUACAUAGUUCACAAUGUUAUGGUCUGUCAAGAUCUGGUGAGACAUUAUGGUCGUUCUGGUGCUUGUCCUAGCUGUCUCAUUAAGCUUGACUUGAAGAAAGCUUAUGAUACUGUGGAAUGGGACUUCAUUGAAGAAAUGAUGCAGGAACUCAAUUUCCCUAGGCAUUUUGUUAAAUUGAUCAUGAUAUGUGUCAUAUCUCCAAGAUUUUCUCUGAUGAUUAAUGGUUCACUUCAUGGAUAUUUCCAGUCUAAAAGAGGAUUAAGAAAAGGGGAUCCUCUCUCCCCCCUACUUUUUGUCUUAUGCAUUGAAUACCUCUCCAGGAUUCUGAAAAUUAUCAGUCUAAAAACUGAUUACAGUUUCCACCCAAGAUGCAAGGCAGCAAGGCUCACCCACCUUUGUUUUGCAGAUGAUCUAAUCCUUUGUUGUAAAGGGGAUGAAGAUGUAAUAAAGGAAAUACUGCAAAUUACAGGUUUCACAAGGGGAAGACUUCCUUUCAGAUAUUUGGGGGUCCCAAUAUGUUCAAAGCGGAUAAGUGCAGUAGAAUGUGAGAACUUGAUUGAUAGAAUGUUCUCUAAGAUCAGAACCUGGAGCUCCAAAAAUCUUUCCUUUGCUGCCAGGGUAACCUUAAUCAACUCUGUGCUCCUAAGCAUUCAGGUGUAUUGGGCACAUAUAAUGAUCAUUCCUAAGGCUAUCUUUGAUAAGAUUAAGGUGAUAUGUAGAAACUUUCUCUGGAAUGGAAGCUUACAUCACAAAGCUUGUUAUAUAGCUUUGAAUGAUAUUUGUAAGACAAAGGCUGCAGGUGGCUUAGGCAUUCAGGAUGCUGAAACUUGGAACACAGCAGCUCAUGGCAAAAAUGUUUGGGAUAUAGCUCAAAAGAAAGAGAACCUUUGGAUAAGAUGGGUGAAUAGUGUUUAUCUCAAAGGAAAGAACUGGUUUGAUUACAAACUACAAGCUGAUGCAAGUUGGUACUAG